AAUCUGCCAGUGUUUUCGUAUAAUAGUUGAUAAUUAGACAAUUUGAGCAAGGACACCUGCUUUUUCCAUUAGGACCGUAUGGUGAGAAAUGACUUCGAGGUAUCAUUUGCAAAUAGUAGAAAUAAAUCAAGAUAUCAGUAAUAUUCAGUGUAUUAAUCAAGAGAUCAGCUGCGAAGUGUCACUUAUAGUACAAAGUUAUGCUUAUCCGGGUGUCUUUAAAUUGUCCCUCGUUACUAAGAAGGUUGGUAAGAGCAUUGGUACAGGUGAUAGUCGUGUGGCUACUGGUGAGGCUGGUGCGUGACUCUCCACCACCACAGACACGUCUCACCGUCAAGGAACUCGUGUUUUCUGGGCCCCGGAAAGUUCAAUACCCAAGGAAUCAUGUGCUGUUAUGGACACAGAUGCGUUCAGGCUCUAGUCUCUUGGGAACCCUCCUUCAUAGCCCAGCCUGGACCUUUUACACAGAGGAGCCGCUCAGGGGGCGUGAAGCGUUGGGAGCUAAUUUUUUAGGUGAUCUAUUUCGGUGCCAGUUCUCGAAAUAUCAGAAGUACUUCAAGGAGUGGUCGUUGGGUGACCAAGGCAACGACUAUGACACAAAGCGACUGUGUAAGGAUGAGCCCAGCCUGUGUGACGACCCUGCCUUGACGGAGGCCAUGUGUCAAGUGGCUAAGCUUCGCCUUCUGAGAGUGGUGGCUGCCCCUUUGCAGAUCGCUGAGCCCCUACUGCAGGACACAAGUCUUAAGGUCCGUGUGGUACACUUGGUGCGGGACCCUAGGGCCGUGCUGGCCUCCAGGACCCGGGUAGUGUCGAGAGAUUCAAGUCGGGGAGUAAAUAAGGAAGCAUUCAACCGUACCCUAAUGGACCCGGCCCACGUCUGUGCCUGGUAUAGGCAAAACCUAAUUACGGCAAGGGUUUUCUCCCACUCCUUUCCCGGAAGGUACACACUGGUGAGGUAUGAGGACCUCUCCCUGUACCCGACGCGGGAACUGCGUCGCCUCUACGCAUUCAUCGGCCUUCCUUACACAGCCAUUGUCGCCAACAAAAUCGCCUUCAAUAUGUACGGCGUGAUGACACUCAUGUCGACACAUCCGUACUCCACCUACAGGAACUCAACAGCGACGGUAUUCGAGUGGCUUGGUCACGUUUCUUUUGAGGACGUGGAGCGCAUACAGCAGCAGUGUGGUGACGUCCUCACCGCCUAUGGCUACCGUGUGUUCACCUCCCGUCAAGAAUACGAGUCAGUUCACAAUCAAGUGUUGCUCCCAUUGUCGGCAGAGAUGGAGGAGCUCAUAUUAUAAGGUUCCCGUCACACUGACAAGUGAGCAAGAAAACUUGAAGUGAACACGUAGUAGUACUAGCAUUGUGGUGAACAUGCCAUACCCACAUUAUUAUCUAUACAUUCUGAAUCAAUGUAGAUCUGUAUAACAGAUUUUAUUGAAUAAAUAUUUAUCUAUCUAUCUAUCUGAUCAUGCACGGGGUCACGUUAGUGCCUGACCUGACCCUACAGGUUUAGUCAUAUAGAAAUUGAAUCCGUUUGCUGCCAUUUCCAUACUUACUUUUUAUACUGGGUACCGCCACCAGGCGAUUUUAUUCAGCUUAGGGUAACCUGCAGCCACAGAGUUAAAUAACCCGCCCAAACCGAUAACAGCUGACGUGCUGAAAGAGAAAUAGCAAAUAUAUAUAAUUUACACAAAAUUCUAGAACUAAUAAAAAUACUCUAGAAACUCAA